AACGAAUCAUUCAACACUCAUAGUCCUUGAAAUAAGUUGGCUUGGACACACUUCUCUGCGGCCUGCUGUUGUUACUGUACUGGCGUGCCUGGAGGUGGGUUGCCAGUCACGGAUGGUUUUGCAUUGUCGGGAGCAGGUUUUGCAAAGUCCUGAAAGUUUCCCUUUGGAACACAGCUAUUUCCCUCAGGAAUGGAAUGAUCUGACGCCGCAAAAGCUGAGUUUCAAGGCUUUCUCGAACGUCAGCUCAGGAUCCGCCAACAAUCUCUGCUGUAUGCGAUCGUCUUCUAUGCCACACACGAGCCUGUCGCGUAGCAUCUCUUUCAAAUAAACACCGUAGUUGCAAUGUUGAGCGAGCUGUCGUAGCACUGCCACAUACUCAGUCACGGUUUCAUUUGCUGCUCUAGUCCUCGAAUUAAAUCUAAAUCUUUGGACUAUCUCGUUAGGCUUCUGGUUAUAAUGCACCUGAAGCAGUGCCGUCAAGUCGUUAUAUGACUUAUCGCCAGGCUUGUCCGGGCUUAACAAGUUUCGUAUUAAACUGUAUGUCUGACUGCCUACAGAGCUUAACAAGAUUGCCCGCUUCCUUGCUGCAUCUGCAAUCCCAUUUGCAAUGAAAAAAUGGCCCAACUCUUCGACAUAUUCCUCCCAAGUUUGGGCGUUACUGUCAAAAGCAGUGACUGUUCCUACCAUCGUAGUAGCCAUCUCGACGUUUUGGUUAGCGUCCGACAUUAGCCGAGUCUCAGCGUUCUAGAACUCACAAGUUGUUCGUCCUUUUAACAACUUCUUCCGUGCUCACUGGUUUCCUCGUCGCCAGAUGUAAUUUCCGCUGUAUUAUUAAAGGAUGGGCGGACAGCGGGGUAACCUUUAUGUUAGUUUACUGAACACUUGUUGGAGCAUUACAGGAGCAUGGCAGUGAGUCACCUACAUACUACAACAGCUGCACUGCAAAGUGCUUCACUCUAUCUUGUACUUAGCUGAGCUUAUACUGCCACAUAGAGGACAUUACUUACAAGACAGAGAUAACAUUCCCCAACUACUACAAUGUUGAAAUGUUUUACCGAUGCUAUAUGUAUUCAAUUAACCUGUGAUCAUUUAUGUCGUACUAUUAUACGGCAGCAAGUUGUCGUUCUAGGGCUUUUACUUUGAAUUUUCACAGCCAGAGAUCGUAACCGGAAGCGCCCUUCUGUUGGAGAAAGCAAAGUUUCGAAAUGUGUUAAAAUGCUGUUGUAAAGGAAUUUCUGGCGUCUCUGGAGAAGCCUUCUUGGGCUGUUGUGUCGAACGCUUCGGCAGCUGCAAGUUCACCAUGGAGAUACCCAUUGUAAAUUUGGAGGGAUACAUGCUUGGAGAAGUGAACAUUCCGCCCGAAAAACGACAGAAAUUAUGUUCCGGACUGAAGACAGCUUUCACAGAAGUUGGUUUUGUUUAUUUGGAGAACACUGGAAUAACACAGCAAGAGGUGGAUGAGGUGAUGACAAUUUCUAAAGAAUUCUUCGACCUGCCUGAGCAGAUGAAACUUCCUUUCAGCAGGAGCAGUUACAUCAAAAGCCCCAAUCAUGGCUGGGUCUCCCUAGAAAGAGAGAAGUUAAAUCCAUCGGGAGCGGGUGAUUUGAAGGAAGCGUUCAACACCAGCUUACUAUGUCCUGAUAUAAAAUGGCCAUGUGAGGACGUUCCUGGUUUCAGAGACAAACAAGUUUCCUUCUUCAUGCACUGUAAAGAGCUUUCUCUCAGGAUUCUCAGACUAAUGGGUCUCAGUUUAGGCCUAGAUGCUGAUGUCUUUGUCAGUGCACACAAACAAAUUGGAACUGAUGAGAAUGGCUCCACUCUGCGGACCCUCUACUACCCCCCAGUGGACAGUGAGCAUGUGAAGGAGGGCCAGCUGCGCUGCGGGGAACACUCUGAUUAUGGCAGCAUCACACUGGUCUUCCAGAGCCCUGAAGGUGGAUUACAGGUUUUGUCCCGGUCAGGACAGUACAUUUCAGCUCCAUUCAUCCCUGGAACAGUUCUACUAAAUAUUGCAGAUCUAAUGCAGAGGUGGACCAGUGAUGUUUUUACUUCUGCAAUCCAUCGAGUACUCCUACCCCCUCCUGGGGAUUCAAGCACACGCCAGUCCCUGGCCUAUUUUGUGCAGCCUGAUGAUGAAGCCUUAAUUACUUGCUGUGAUGGCUCAAACAAGUAUCCUCCUGUCAAAUCAGGGGAUUACCUUAUGGAAAGAUUUAGGGAAAGUUAUGGGCGUUAGUCACCGUCUAUGGAAGCUUAGAUUAUAAAGUUGUUGGAACUCGUGAAAUCGUAAAAUACAGGCAUAAUACUUAAAUCAAACAGUAUUAUUUUUAAAUUUAAUAGGACUAUGAAUGCUUUCAUAAAUUAAAUGGGAUCAAUAAAGGUUCAUAUUUUAGAUUUUGAAAAUUACGGGCACAGAUACAGUAAUCACACAGAACUCAGUUACAAUAGAGAUAUUAUGUACAACUCAUUUGAUGAAAGUCUUUGAAAAACGUAUAGCUUAAAAGCUUAUAUAACAGAUUGUUUUGAAAACAAUCAUGCAAAAUAUGCACACAGGACCAGGGAGCUUUUAAAUCCCUAAUUUUAACUGAAGUUAUUUGUAUUAUCAUAGGGAUGUCCAUAGAUUAAUCUAGAAUAAUAGUCACAAUAUCAUCACUGUUUUUUAUAGUAAUGUUGUUUUUGAUAUUGGACGUUGCCUUGUCUUUUCAAUUAAACCAAUAAAUUCAUGUCCCCUUCAAUGUUUUUUUGUAAAGCAACCUUAAAUAUGUAAAAAGCC